CUUUUUGUUAUCCCUCCUCUCUCUUUCAUAGUUUCAUUUUCUCUUUUUUUUUUUUCUGGUUUUUUUUUUCUCUUUUCUCCGACUGAUUGAUUGAUCGAUCGAUCGAGACUUCCCCUUUCCUUUCUUCUCUUCGAACCCUAAACCACAGCAAAAUCUGACAGAAAAUACUUUUGAAAGAAGCAAGCAAGACCGAAUUUUUAUUUUCUCGACAAACUAACAAUAAGGCCUGAUUUUUUCUCUUUCUUAAAGGAAAACGAAAGAAAAAAUGCAACAACUGAGGCUUAAACAGCAACAACAAGCACUGAUGCAACAGGCACUUCUUCAACAACAGUCUCUUUACCAUCCUGGCCUCCUCGCUCCUCCUCAGAUUGAGCCAAUUCCAAGUGGAAAUCUGCCUCCUGGUUUUGAUCCAAGUACUUGCCGCAGUGUGUAUGUGGGAAACAUCCACACUCAGGUAACUGAACCCCUUCUCCAAGAGGUUUUUGCGAGUACUGGUCCUGUUGAAGGAUGCAAGCUUAUCAGAAAAGAAAAGUCGUCCUAUGGAUUUAUUCACUACUUUGAUCGUCGAGCAGCUGCUCUUGCAAUAUUAUCUCUUAAUGGAAGGCAUCUAUUUGGGCAGCCUAUUAAAGUUAACUGGGCAUAUGCUAGUGGUCAGAGAGAAGAUACAUCAGGUCACUUCAACAUUUUUGUUGGAGAUCUUAGUCCUGAGGUCACUGAUGCAACAUUGUAUGCCUGCUUUUCUGUUUAUCCCAGUUGUUCAGAUGCAAGGGUUAUGUGGGAUCAGAAGACUGGGCGUUCAAGAGGGUUUGGAUUUGUUUCCUUUCGAAAUCAACAGGAUGCCCAGAGUGCAAUAAAUGACCUAACAGGAAAGUGGCUUGGUAGUAGACAGAUUCGGUGCAACUGGGCAGCUAAAGGUGCCAGUUCCAAUGACGACAAGCAAAGCUCUGAUUCAAAAAGUGUGGUGGAACUAACAAAUGGCACGUCAGAGGAUUGCAAGGAGGCAACAAAUAACGAGGCUCCUGAAAACAAUCCUCAAUAUACUACUGUUUAUGUUGGCAAUCUUGCUCCAGAGGUGGCACAGCCUGAUCUCCAUCGCCACUUCCAUGCUCUUGGUGCUGGAGUUAUUGAGGAGGUUCGUGUCCAGAGAGACAAAGGUUUUGGUUUUGUGAGGUUCAGUACUCAUGCAGAGGCAGCUUUAGCUAUUCAGAUGGGAAACACCCAAUCACUUUUUGGAAAACAGAUGAAGUGCUCAUGGGGUAGCAAGCCUACUCUGCCGGGGACAAGCUCAAACCCACUCCCCCCACCUGCUGCUGCCCCUUUGCCUGGUCUCACAGCUACUGAUAUCUUGGCAUAUGAGAGGCAGCUAGCGAUAAGCAAGAUGGGUGGUGUCCAUGCCUUGAUGCAUCCUCAGGGGCAGCUUCCUCUAAAACAAGCAGCAAUGGGAAUGGGUGCUGCCGGAGCAAGCCAGGCAAUAUAUGAUGGUGGUUUCCAGAAUGUUGCUGCUGCCCAGCAACUGAUGUACUAUCAGUAACAAUAAGAGUUGACGCCACACCUUUACUUCCUGCCUUUGUGGGUGUUAUUUAAGUUCCAAGCAAUUAGGAAGCCAUCUGUUUUCUCUUUAUCCAGCCGUGAGGUGGUUACCUAACCGCAUAUUUAUAUCAUAUGCUUGCCAUUUGUGUUGAUGUAUUAUACAUGUAUGUUUUUCUGUUUUCGACCAUGUAGGGAUGAGCUAUCUAUCAUGUAGGGAUGAGCGAAUUGGUUGACAGAGGGAAUGGGCAUAUUUAAUAUGACAGCAGUAUGCCUUAAACCCUUUGAGCAUCUUGACCAUUGUCUGUUGUAUGAGAAUUUAAUUAUUUUCGAGGCAUGUGGAUUUUCAGGCCUGGAAUUUAUUUUUAUUUUUAUUUUUUGAA